UUUAUUCCCCUCCUCCCGUCCUCCCACCGCGCCAUGCCGUCACGCUCACGCCCCUCCCCUCCUCCCACGCCCGCCCCUCCGUCACCACCCGCCCCACGCUGGCGCCGCCCCCCGCCGCCGCCGUCUCCACGAUGCCGCCCGACGACGACGAGGCGGAGGACCAGCAGCAGCCGCAGCCAAAGGGGGCGCACGCGCUCGAGGGCCUCGUGGUGGGGAGCUACUGCCACGACGUGCUCCUCCGGGGCGGCCGCGUCGUGGGCGAGACGCUGGGCGGGGCGGCGGCCUUCGUCUCCAACGUGCUCGACGCCGCGUCGCCCCCGGAGGCCGCCUUCUGCGUCGUGUCCAAGGUCGGGGUCGACUUCGCAUACGCCUCCGCGCCGGCGCCCGCGCGGCGCCCCGCGUUGCUCUGCCCCGCGCGCCCCACCACCUCCUUCCACGCCCGCUUCUCCGACGCCGCCGCCUCGGCCCACGCGCCCGACCGGCAGCUCAGGCGCGUCCACGCCUGCGAUCCGAUCUACCCCGAUGACCUCCCCGACCGCCCGUUCGCCUACGGCCUCGCAGUCGGCGUCGCCGGGGAGGUGCUGCCGGAGACGCUCGAGCGCAUGAUUCGGCUCUGCCGCGCGGUGCUCGUCGACGCGCAGGCGCUGAUCCGGGCCUUCGACGCCGAGGACGGCGGUGUCCGCCACGUGGCGCUGGAGGGCACGCCGUACGCGCGGCUCCUGCAGCGGGUGGCGUUCCUCAAGGCCUCGUCGGAGGAGGCGCCGUACGUGGGGGUGGAGACGGCGAGACGGCGCUGCUGCGUGAUCGUGACGGAGGGGAGGGACGGGUGCCGGCUGUACUGGGACGGCGGGGAGGCGCGCGUGGCGCCGUUCCCCGCCGUUCAGGUGGAUCCUACAGGCGCCGGAGACAGCUAUCUCGCGGGUUUCGCCGCCGGUCUGCUUUGGGGGCUCUCAGCUACGGACGCCGCGCUGCUUGGUAACUUCUUCGGCGCAGCUGCUGUCUCCCAAGUCGGCGUUCCCACUUUCCAUCCCAAGAUGUUGCAGGCUGUCAAACGGAUACUCGAGGACAAGGCAAUACCACGGUCUAGUCCGUGUAUAAACGGCGCUUUCUUCACCUUCCAGAGAUCGAUUAUGCAUGAUGAGCUGCACGCGUCCCUGGAAGAAGCGGCGAGGCUGAUGCAUGAUCAGCCACCACCAGCAACUGAAAACGGUGAUGGUAUCCACUCGGCACAAGAACCGACAAGUGGAUGCUGACCCGAAGUUUGCUGCGAAAUAACGGGAAACUGCCCUCCCAGAUUUCACAUUGAGACCUGUAUAGCCAACAGACGGAAUAGAUUGCUCCGCCCGAGCUUUUGAAUACGGUUCUACCCAGACAGCUUCCCAUUUGUCAGGCAAAGCAAAGAAGGCGAGUUUGCACACGGAGCACCAUUCUGUAGCACUGAGAUUGAGCUUGUAACGGCUGGCUGUAGAUACUGCCCCUUCCAGUUCCCCCCUAAUAAUUUUGCCGUAGUAUAUAUAAUCCAAUACACACCUCAUGUGAACUACUCCUGAUUUUGGUAUACUCUUGGUCCCUCAAUGUA